GCACGCAUGUCCACGCAGCAGGCGCACAUCCCACCCGCCCACCCCGCCUACAUCCUCCGCGGGCACGCCGCCCCCGUGCACGCCACGCGCUUCGUGCGCGCCAACGCGCGCCUGCUGACGGCCGACGCCGACGGCUGGGUCGUGCUGUGGGGCACGGCGACGCGGCGGGCGGUGGCUGUUUGGCGGGCUCAUCAGGGUGCGGUGUUGGGGCUGGGCGAACUGGGUGCGGAGAACUUUGUCACACACGGCCGCGACUCGCACCUCUGCGUCUGGCACCUCCCCCUAGCAGACGAGUCCUCCUUCUCGACCGUCCUCCCCGUCGACGACGCCAGCGCGCCCCGCAAGCAGCCUUGGCUGCUGCACUCGCUGACGGUCAACACGCUGAACUUUUGCGCUUUUGCUAUGCUCGCGGCGCCGGGCCCAACACCAACCUCCAACACAGCGGCUACAGAUACAGCCACAGACAUAGGCGUAAACGCGCGCCAAGAAGCCGUCCUCGCCGUCCCCAGCGUCCGCGACGAACAGAUCGAUGUCCUGCACCUGCCCUCCGAGCGCCGCACGAGCAUCGUUCCGCGCUUGGGCUUCAAGACGGGCAUGAUAAUGGCGCUCGCGCUCUCGCGCCCCCAAGCUUCCCCAUCAGGGCCACUCUGCCUCGUCUCAGCCUACGAAAGCGGCCACAUCGCGCUGCACGUGCUAGAUGCAACCUCAGGCAGCAGCUGGACGCGCCUGUACGUCGCGCAGCCGCAUGCCCAGCCGCCGCUGUCUGUGUGCGUGCUCCCGGCGGCGGAGAUGGAGGCGGCGGAGGCUUCGGCGCCGAAACCGAAAUCCAAGUCUGCUACCAAAACCCUCAGCACCAAGCACGCAGGCCAACAAGGCCUAACCGCGCGCUCGGACGGGCGCCUCCUCGCAACCGCGGGCUGGGACGGCCGCGUACGCGUCUAUGCUGCGCGUUCGCUGCGGGAGCUCGCGGUGCUGAAGUGGCAUAAGGAGGGGUGUUAUGCUGUUUGUUUUGCGGAGGUGGGGGGCGCGGGUGCGGACGCGGGCAGUGUGGCCCAAGGAGGAGGGGUGGGGGGAGGAGGCGAUGUACUGAUCACGCGAGAAGCAGGCACCGCUACUACUACGGUGAGGCGGAGGAGAGAGGACAAGGCUAGGAGCGUGCAUUGGCUUGCUGCGGGCUCGAAGGACGGAAAGGUCUCGUUGUGGGAGAUUUAUUAGGCGGUGUUGAUGGCUUGAUAGCUUGCUUGUUUGCUUGGACGCCUGCGUCGUAAGUACCUAGGUAGUCUGUCAAGAAACGGAA